AUGAUUCCCACAGCCCAAUUUGUCGACGGUGACGGCUUCCAGUCACAGUCGGAUGCCUUUGUGCAAUGGCUUGUACAACGACCUGGCGUCAGACUUAACCCUAAGAUUAGGGUGGUUGACCUGCGGUUCAGAGAUGCUGGACGAGGAGUCGUGGCUCAGACCGAUAUCCUCGAGGGUGAGGAACUCUUCUCGAUUCCCCGGGACCUCAUCUUAACAAUGCAAAAUUCGAAUCUGAGGAACUUGAUCGGUCAAGAUCUCGAUCAACUCGGCCCCUGGUUCUCGCUGAUCGUCGUGAUGAUCUACGAGUAUCUGCUAGGAGAAAAGUCCGCCUGGGCCCCGUACUUCCAGGUCCUCCCCACCACAUUCGACACCCCCAUGUUCUGGUCGGACUCGGAACUCAUCGAGCUUCAGGGGAGUGCAGUCGUUGGAAAGAUUGGGAAACAAGGUGCAGAAGAAUCUAUUCUGGAAAUGGUCGCUCCGGUCGUCCGAGGAAAUCCUACACUAUUCCCACCUCCUGCCUCUCUCGGUUCUUUUGAUGGUCCCGCUGGCACUGCAGCACUUCUUCAUAUCGCUCAUGUCAUGGGUUCCCUCAUCAUGGCCUACGCAUUUGACAUUGAAAAACCAGAAGAUGAAGAGGGAGACGAAGGAGAUGGGGAAGAUGGGUAUAUGACCGACGAAGAGGAGGAACAGCUUCCCAAAGGCAUGGUUCCAUUGGCGGACCUCUUGAACGCAAAUGCCGAUCAGAACAAUGCUCGACUCUUUCAGGAGGACGAUUUCUUGGUCAUGAAAGCCAUCAAGUUGAUCAGAGCAGGUGAUGAGAUUUUCAAUGACUACGGAGAAAUCCCUCGAUCGGAUCUCCUACGAAGAUAUGGGUAUGUCACGGACAACUAUUCCCCGUUCGACGUGGUCGAGAUAUCAUUAGACGCCAUUUGCGAAGCAGCGGGCCUCCAAAACGCCGACACUGUUUCUCAAUCUGCUCUUCAAUUCCUCGAGGACCUUGAACUUCUUGAUGACGGUUAUGCUAUUGCACGGCCCUCAUCUGGUGACUCGUUAGAAGACAUUAUUCCGGCUGAACUUGUGAUUCUCCUGAAAACGUUAUCUCUAUCACCGGAACAAUUGCAACAACAGCGUUCUAAGAACAAGCCGCCUAAACCCAGCUUUGGCCCACAGGAAGUAGCCAUUUUGCAGAAGGCAAUCUUAAUCCAGCAGACCAAGUACAGCACAAGCCUGUUCCAAGACCAAGAACUUCUGGCGCAACUGAACCAACUCAGCGCGUCUGCUCCUCUCGACAUACCUACCAGGCGACGCCGCAUGGCAAUUCAAGUCCGCAUCGGCGAGAAAGAAAUACUGCAAGAACUCUCUGCCCGACUUCACUUGACGAACCGAGACUCUUCGUUGAAACGAAGCGCCGAUGGAGAUCAUCACGACUCGCGGCAUACCAAAACUCAGAGAACAUGA